UCGUCAUUACGUACGUGUUACGUUUGGACAUAAUUUAACAAAUUUAACCGGUGAAGUUUGGUCACUCAUAGACGCACAUUUUUUGCAUCUAAACAACAGAAGUGUAAAAUGAUCUAGAUCGAAGCGAACUGCGAAGUAGUAAAAUUCGUUCCAAGUUUUUUCUUACUUAAAUAAUUACUUAAUUGUAAAAUUGCCGAUGUCUGAUGUCUGAUCAUUUCGUCGAUCAACCUGUAUAAACAAUUUCACCUCAGCCUUACCGAAAGUUUUUCUUCGUGUUGCCAUCCGUCAACGAGUCCCGUUUCUUUCAAGUCUUCAAUUUGAAAACCAUUGUUGAUUGAAAUGGCGAGUUCUUCGAACAAUAGCAAUCCCAAUGUCGACGAAGUUAAAGAAGAAGUGAAGAAUAUACUUGCCAAAGUCGUAGAUGAUGUGGGAAAAACUUCAGCUCUUAGACAACUUGUGAUAGGAGGAACUACUGGAUGGUUGACUGGAUAUACUCUGAUUAAAGUUGGAAAAGCUACAGCUGCGGCUAUUGGCAGUGGCAUACUACUGUUACAAAUUGCAAAUCACAAUGGCUACAUCAAAAUAAACUGGGAUAAAGUUACCAAAAGAGCUGAAGAAUUAUCUGAAAAAAUGGAAGAUUCUGCGGCAAAACCAAAUCUUUUGAAAAAAGUUGAAAGGUUCGUGGAUAAAAAAUUGGACAAAGCUGAAACCGUACUGAAGAAAAAGGAACGCAAAGCUAAACAAUGGUUUUGUAGAGCAACCGAUGAUGAAUGUUUCAUUUUUGAAGAAAUACACGUAUUUUUGGCAUCAUUUUUAGCAGGCGUUGCUUUCGGAAUGACAUGCGGCAUAAUUUUGCGUUGAUUCGGUUGUUACAUACAAUAACAAUAUACGUUACACGCAUACUGAUAGGUAGUUGUUAUUGCGCUUAUAUGAUUUUAUUUCGUUUUCUUUGUUACCGCAGCGAUGCAAAGCGAUCAUUGCGCAUCCGUACAAUGGAACUAAUUUGUAAUCGUUAAGAUGGGUCUAUCACUGGAAAAAAAAAAAAAAAAAAAUGGUCGAAGCGCGGGACUACGUUCAAUUUUAACUGAUUUUCGCAGCGAAGACGGUUGAAAGUGCCGUUUUCUGAAAUACAUCAUAGGUACCUACACCUACUUACAUCGGAAAAAAUUCGAAAUUCGAUUUCCUUUUUAAAAGUCGAUUAUUUUUCGUAGAAAAAUUCGAAACAUCAUAAGAAACACAAAAUAUUCAAAUUUUUGAACAAUUUUUUAAAAAGUUGUAGGUAGUCUUCCGCUUUGCUCAAGCAAUGAUGAACCCUAACGCAUCUAUUUUUUGAAAAUACCCGCAGAUAUAUUUUGGGAAAGUGCAGAAUAAUACCUACUGCAAUUUUGUUCUCUCGCUUCACACCCAUUUUUCAAAUUACUGUUACUUUCGGUUUAAUUUAUUCAUUUUUAUUAAUUUUAAAAAUUACACUUUGGUCAAAAUUUGUGCAACAAUAACAUAAGAAAUAUAAAAACCAGCCGCAGUUGUUUUUUUUUCUUUAAAAAUUUUACUGUCUGGAUAGUCACUCGUGUCUUCAAUUCAUUAUGCAAAUACUUUGACAUUUCACUCUUAUUUUCAUCAAUUUUUUGUUUUUCAAUUUUAAAAUUUAAGCAAUUAUUUACGAUAAGUUAUGUACUUACAAAAUUAGGAUAAAUAAUAUACAUAAAUACUAUAUAUAUACCUAUAAUUUAUAUUCCUUUUUAAUAAACAGUAUUUCAGUU